AUGAACGGUACGCCCAAAGCGCGCCAGUUCGCUGCGGCUGGCCUCGACGAACUUGUGCGGCUGGCGUCGCCCGCGUGCCUCAAAGCGUUCUCGCCAAUAUCACAGCGCGUCUGUGCGUGCAGUGGCCCGGCCUUUGUCCACCUCGUCGCGCUUUCGCCCCGUAUCGACCCGCUCAUUACCGAGCUCACGGCCAAGAUUGCUCUUACGAUGGUCGAGGAGCUGGACCCUUCUCCACUCGGCGGCGCUGCCACCACGCUUGCGGUGCCUGCCAUCCCGACGCUUGUGGCGCUCGCCCGCGACGAGAACCUGCUCGUCAAGUCGUCGAGCCUCACAGCGCUUAGCCUCGCGGUCAAGGCGCUCGUUACGGGGUUCUCGGACACCGCCAACAAGGUCGUCAACCGCACGGCUCUGCGCAUCGUCAAGCGCAUGGCCAAGGUCGUCCCGAAGCAUGUGCGCCAGCACUCGGGCACGCUCGUGCCGCCGAUUUUUGCGCUCAUCAAGAGCCCAACAUCAACAUCAAGCUCGACGCUCUCGGAAUACCGCGCAAGCGCCGAGCAAGGCAAGCUCCUCGCCGAGUACGGCCGCCAUGUUCUCUCCAAGCUCAAGGUCAACGGAGACGACAGCGACAACGAAGGCGUCGAGUAG